AGCAGCGGCGACCCGCUCCCAGAGCAGCCCGAAUAACAGUCUCCCGCUCGCCCUGGUGCCUCUCGCAGGCUCGAUCAGCGUGUCUGCUCUGUCCUCUUCCCCCACUCCCACUCCGCCUCCCCACCCCCCUUCUCUCAACAAAGCCGUCUGUUCGAAUUAAGACAAAAAAAGAAAAUCUAACCACUUCUUUCGACGUCUCCGGUCUUGCUUCGAGGAGUGGAGGGCUCCGUCUCAAAUAGCUCGGAAAGAAGUUGGAAGAGCAGAUAGAAAGAAGCGACUCCCUGGCAACCUCUGGAAUGAAUAGAAGCGCGUUCUCUCGCUAUCGAUUAGAGAUGAAUGCGAUGUACUUGCUCCUAGCUUUUCUACUGAAGGUCCACGGUCGAGACUUGAAUGCCAUAAGUGGGAAAGGCACAAGUGAUGCCAAGGAGGGAUUUGGACAUAGCACCAUGGUGACCACCACUGAACCAGAGGACGAAUUUCACUAUGUUAGUACAACACUCAAUAUCAACAUCAACAACCAUCACCCAUUGCUGGAAGAAAUCAUUCAUGAAUCCUUGCUGAAGAAGAAUUUUCUUGGACAGGAACAGUUUUUUAACACAGGAAUGAGACUUGGGACUACCACGCCGGCUUCUCGAUCCCAGAAUCCUCAGCAUCCUCUGGUUAAUCAGAUAGCCACUGAUAAUACUCCAGUUUUUUCCGACAUCACCACGACAACCACCAUGACCUCGACAUCACCGAUGACAACACUGGGUAACGUGGCUGCUUUAGUGACAGAUCCUGCCCCCUUGGCUGACAAGGUUGUUGAAGUCCUUGCAGGGAAAACUCCAGCAAUGGUGCAGGCGACUGCCACCACAGACUCUCUAACGACAGCCAUUGUUAAGACAGCUACAUCUGAGAUGGUGGAAACUGCGUCCCAACAAAGUAAUACAGCAUUCAUUCAAACCGAGCCUGCCAGCUCCUCUGUUGCAACAGCAGCCCCUCAGAGCAAGUCGGAUAUCUCCCUGCACAUCAGUGACCAAAGGGCAACUACUGUGGUAACUAAUGACACUCCAACAGCCAUGGCUGUAACAACCCCAGGAACACAUCAAGUGCAAGGGCCCAGCACCGAGCAAACUGAUAGUCCUGCACCAGACCUGACUGUCACAUCAGCUGCUAAUGAGGCUGAUGAGGAAACCACGACGACAACCAUCAUUACAACCACCAUUAUUACAACUGUGCAGACACCAGUUCCUUGCAGUUUAAAUUUCACAGACUUUGAGGGUUAUGUGGAAUCUCCAGAAUACCCAAGUCAUCUGUUCUACAGCAACUUGGACUGCAUCUAUACCAUUACAGUCUACGCAGGAUAUGGAGUGGAACUACAAGUGAAAAACAUCAGCUUGUCUGAAGGAGAGAUGCUGACAAUUGAAGGACUUGAUGGAGAUGAACCACAGUUUCUUGCCAAUGAGUAUUUAAUGAAGGGGCAGGUGAUUCGCAGCCCAAGCAAUCAACUUUCUAUCCAUUUCCAAAGCAUUCAACUUAGAAAACCAGGCUCAUUCCAAUUCCAUUAUCAAGCUUAUCUGCUGAGUUGUGGAUUUCCCCAGAAACCUUCUUCAGGCGAUGUGUCCGUCACCAGCCUCCAUCCUGGCGGAGUGGCACAUUUCUACUGCAUUACUGGGUACCGGCUGCAAGGCUUAUCUUCCCUCACCUGUGUCAAUGGCAGCAAGCCUCACUGGAGUGACGCGGAGCCCCAGUGCGUUGCUACCUGCGGUGGAUUGAUUAGAAACGCAACCGUAGGUCGCAUCAUAUCGCCCAACUUCCCAGGUAACUACAGCAACAAUUUAACCUGUUAUUGGUUGAUUGAGGCUCCUGAAGGACAGAAGCUCCACCUGCACUUUGAGAAGGUUGCAUUGGCUGAAGAUGAUGACAGACUCAUCAUUCGGAAUGGGAACAAUAUUGAUGCUCCUACAGUUUAUGAUUCCUAUGAAGUGGAAUAUCUGCCAAUUGAAGGCAUUGUCAGUGAAUCUGAACAUUUCUUCAUUGAACUGACUACAGACAGCUCUGGUACAUCUACUGGACUGGCUUUAAGAUAUGAAGCCUUUGAACAGGGGCAUUGUUACGAACCCUUCAUUAAGUAUGGAAACUUCACAACGGGUGAUGCAUCGUACCAUGUGGGAACUGUGGCUGAAUUUUCGUGUGAUCCUGGAUACACCCUGGAACAGGGGUCGGUGAUUAUUGAAUGUGUGGAUAUUCGGGACCCACAGUGGAAUGAAACUGAGCCAGCCUGCAGAGAUCUGCAUCAUCUGCAGCUUUUUGUCUUGCUUAUCAAGAAAAAGGCUGGUCUCGCUAGUGAGAUCUUUUUGGCUGCAUGGGGAGACCACCAGUCAGAAGGACCAAAACCAAAGGAAAAAGAGAGAAAUGGUGGAGAAAUCGCAGAUGAAGUUGAAUCUGGCCAGAUCUGUCUGCAGUGGGAGAUUACAGACUCCUCUGGAGUUGUGCUAUCUCCCAAUUGGCCAGAAGGUUACGAUAAAGGUCAGGACUGCAUUUGGGGGAUUCACGUGGAGGAAGACAAGCGGAUCAUGUUGGAGCUCCAAGCGUUAAAUCUGGGAAAGAAUGAUGUUCUCACAUUUUAUGAUGGAGAUGAUCUAACAGCAAGAAUAUUGGGUCAAUACUCCGGGACCCACCAUCCCUUCAAGCUCUACACAACCAUGGCAGACGUUACCAUCCAGUUCCAAUCUGAUCCAGCGAGCAAUGUGUUCGGAUAUCAACAGGGAUUUGUCAUUCAUUUUGAAGAAGUUUCCAGAAAUGAUACCUGCCCAGAAGUGCCAGAAAUUCUUAAUGGCUGGAAAACGACUUCCCAUCCUGAAUUAAUCCAUGGGACUGUGGUGACGUACCAGUGCUACCCAGGGUUUGAACUCAUCGGGACAGAUAUCCUCAUGUGCCAGUGGGAUUUGUCAUGGAGUGGGGAUCCUCCAAGAUGUGAGAAGAUUAUAUUCUGCACCGACCCCAGUGGCAUCGAUCAUAGUCGCAGAAUUGUUUCAGAUCCGAAGUUUUCAAUCGGUUCCACAGUCCAAUACAUUUGCAACAAAGGGUACACCCUGGCCGGGAGCAGCAUACUGACGUGCUAUAACAGGCAGUCUGGGAAUCCUAAGUGGAGUGACAAGGUCCCAAAGUGUAUCCCGGAGGUAUUUGAACCUUGCCACAAUCCUGGGGAACCAGACAAUGGUUAUCAGACUACAGAGAAGAGGCUGUACCAAGCAGGGGAGAUCUUGAGGUUUGCCUGUUAUGAUGGCUAUGAGCUAGUAGGUGAAGCUAACAUCAAAUGCCUUCCAGGACACCCCUCAGAGUGGAGCAAUCCACCUCCAUUCUGCAAAGUUACUUAUGAUGAGUACUUCAAUGAACGAAGACUUGAAGUGGCCAAGGCAGCAGCAUCUGUGAACCAGAUGGAAGGAAGUAAGAUUGCCAUCGCAGUAUUUAUCCCCAUGAUUGUCGUGGCUCUGCUCAUUGGUGGAAUCUAUUUCUACUUCACAAAGUUCCAGGGAAAGUCAACAUUAAGGCUGCCACUGGCUGGUCCUCAUCCCUACAAUCACAUCACUGUGGAAUCAGCCUUUGACAAUCCCAUAUAUGAGACUGGAGAGGCACGGGAAUAUGAGGUUUCAAUUUAAAGAUGGACGAUUCUUGCUACAGAAAAGCCCCCUUGCCUUCUAGACACUUUCUCGUCACUUCUUGUCCUUCUGUCCCUCACCACUCUUAGAAAUCAGCUUUGCUUUCUGAAACCUAUCAUUGAACACAACCUUUCCGAAGCCUAGUUAUGAGAACAAUUUUUCUCUCCAACAAAGAAUAAAGACUAAAACGCACUUGCGUCUAUCAAUCUGCUUGUCCAGUGAGUUCAAGUUAAGUAAUAGGUGUACUUGUACAUUUCUGUGUGCAUUGUAGACACAGCCACAUAAUUAUUCUUCAAUGUUAAAGAAUGCCAUUCUAGUAGAUAAAAUCAAUCUAAAUUAUGAAGAUUUUACUAUGUAUUUAUUCACUUGUUUUAACAUGUAAAAUGUUAUAAGAUGUAAAAUGGUGAUAUUGAUGCAUUUUUAUCUUUCUUCCCAUGGUGCAUUAGAAGACCUGGACCUGAGGGACUAAAAUAGGCACAGCCAGGGAAAAUAAACCUAUUUCUCUAUUCUCAGUAGAAUCUGUGUUGGUGAAAAAAAGAAACAUUACAAUAAAAAAAAGUUUUGGUGGAACAUACAAAUACUCAACAUCAUAUGGUGGCCCACUAGCCCCUACUGAUAAAAUGCUCCAAUUUCCCUGAAACUACAGAGCUAACAUAUCCAGACACACUAAAAGAAUGUACUGAUUAUUGAAAGGCAUUGAAAUUAAUUAUUGUCUUCCUAUUGAACCUGAAUUAAGGAAGAGGACGAUGCUUUUUUCAGGUCAUAUUGCAUGAAUACUUUUUAAAAUAAUGUAAUUUGAUACAAACUCAAUAGGUCAUGCAUUUACAAUGUACUUAGUUAUCCAACAAUUAUUAUUUACAGGUUAUGGCAUGCACUUUAUCCUAAUAUAUCCCACUCACAUACAUGUAAACAUAUAUCACUUUUGCUUAUUAGUUUAUGAGUUUGAUUGUAUACUUUCUUCAUCUAUAUUCUCUUUUAUUCAUCUCCCCUCUUGCCAAUUAUCCUCUGUGUACUUAUCUCCUUGGGUCUUGUAGCUAUCUGCAGAAACACAAACAAUACUGCACCAUGCUGGUACAGAGUGUGGUGUGAGGAUACUGUAAUGGGGUCCCUCUACCCAGCUACCCUUCCUUCUUUUCCUUCAUCGAGACUACACCAUCAGCAACCUGCAACAUUACCCACUCCCCACCCUACCCAAAGGCCAGACACACUCAAAAUCGUAUCUAUUGUCAACCAUGAUGUCAAUCAUCUAUCCAUUGUGAUUUCUUCCCAUGCAGAACAGAUUAUCGUCCUGCCAUUACUACUACCCCCUCACAUCCCACAUCCAGAGAAUACUGAAAAGGAAAAAAUUCAAAGGUUUUAUCUAACCAUUCCUGCAAGUAAAGUGGAACUAAGCUUAGACAUUAAUGAGACUAAAACACAAUGAGCCAGUUCUCCCUCUUACAAAUAAAUUGUAUGAGUUAAGACACCAAACCACCUCCAAAAACACACAAACACUGCAAACAUGUCUUCUUUUUAUAAAAGAGUAUCAUAUCUGCAAUAAACAAUUUUUGCUGAAAAUGUAUGAUGUGCCUCUUAUACAACCGUGGUCAUGAUUUAAUGGACGGUGUUGCACUCAUAAGAGGUAUUUGCUGAUUUGACAAAACAAUGAUGUUUCUUAUUUCCCAGAUCCUGCUUGACUAUAACCUUGAGAAAACGAAUGUAGUAAUUACAAGUUUUAAUAGGCUGAGUGACUUUGUUUGAAUAAUGAAACACAAAAUGCAAUAACAAUUUGCAAUCUACAAGAAAGAGGACUAACACUUAAAUGGCAUGAACUGAUCAUUCUGCUAUAAGUUAUUGAAAGCUGUGCCUUCAUACACAUUGUGGUUCCGUUCUAAAAAAUAUUUCAACUCUUGUCAAAUCAUGUCACCUUCAACAAAUGAAAGUUGUUACUUGAGGGGUUUAAUCGAGUUGAAGCCUGGAAAAUCAUGAUCAGGCAACAGAAGAUUUCAGGCUAAUUGACCACUGCAAAUUGCCACUUGUAUUUUGGUGAGCGGUAGAAUCUGGGGGAGUUGAUGGGAAUGUGAGGAGGAUAAAAAUGGAUUAAUGUACGAUAAGUGUAAAUGGUGCUUGAUGGUCAGGCAGACUUGGAGAGCCGAAGAGCCCGCGUCCUUGUUGUGUGACUCUAUGAAUCUAAGAUGUUCAUGCAAUAUUCAAAAGAGGUAACAUUGUUCUGUAACAUCAUACAGCUGGAAUGUUUUCUGUUUGUGUCCAAGCAGCCAUUAGUAAUUUCAGAAGUAAAAACAAAAUUGUUUGAAAUACACAGUAGAAUUGUCAGCAUAAAAGAAACAAAAAGAUAGGUUCAUGAUUUGACUUUAGAUUCUGCUGAAAACCCAGUGCUGAGCUACCUUUAAAAUUUUCAGAUGCUGGUGGACUUCAAAUGGCCUAGAAAUUCUUUCAUAUGGCUUAGUGGUUCAGUGUGUGGCACAAAAGAUUUUAAUCAAAAUCCCAAACUUGCUGCACAUUUCCUGUAGGAUGCCAAAUUGGUUGAGGGUCUUACAUGUGUAUGAGGCAUCCAGGCGUUUACAGUAUCAUCAUACAGCACGCAACACACGAGAUGUCACUCACUUAAAAUUCGUCUGCAAAUGGCACAGGCUACUCAUUCAGAAGUUAUCCUUCACGAGAUAUUUGAAGUGUGCUUUUGCACUACUUGUAGGGUUGUUGGAGA